AUGAUUGAGCCCACAGUUUCCAUCCAGUUGUCUAUCCCAACACAAACAAACGAGCUGCAACUCUGCUCUCUCUAGCUCUCUCUCUCUCUCUCUCUAGUUGUCUAGUCUAGUUCACCAUGGCGGGAGGAAUCGAAACCGUAACUCCAACAUGGCAGUAUUCUGUCAUCGGCUGGGGCCUGUUGAUUCCGGGAAACUUGUCGAUGAUCGGGUCGUCGUUGAUUGUCUAUUCCAUAUUGGGACCCGGGCGUGCGGAAAAGCUGAAAAAACCCCACAUGCGCUUGAUGCUUGGUAUGUCGCUCUGGGACAUCAUUUACUCCUUUGCCAUGGGGUAUACGUUCUUGAUGGCCCCACAGGGAGGUCAGGUUCCCGGCUUUGUGGGAAACACCGCAUCUUGUCGAAUGCAUGGUUUCCUGCAGCAAAUGUCCCAUAACACAAUCGGUUACAGUGCACUGCUGAGUACCUACUAUUGGUUGACUGUUACCCAAGGAUUGAGGUUGGAAACGUGGGUCCGAUUUGAGCCAUUACUGCACAGUGUGCUUCCCCUGUAUGUUAUCACGCUGGGAGCAGUGUGUCUGUAUUACCGCCUGUAUAAUCAGACUUUCAGUAUCUGCUGGGUCUCCUCCGAUCCGCCUGGGUGUCAAACAGGACCUGGCACCCCCGACUGUGCCUUCCCGUCGCAACCAGACAAGAUGCAUACAGUGGCCAAGAUUGAAAUGUCAAAUAUGUUUGCCAGCAUUGGCUGGGUCUGGAUUACAAACUUCAUGAUUUGGUGGAAAGUCUAUCGACAAGAACGAAGAAAUCGCAUGCGGUUGGCAGAAAUUGAAGGACGCAGACGAUCCUCAUCAUUGAACUUUACAUCAGUCUUUUCUGCAUGGAGUCGGUCGUCUCAGAUGGAAUCCGGGGUCCAAGACAAAAAAGGACUCAGGCAAAGUCAACAGAUGGCAGCGAUUGCGAAGAAAAAGAAUCGUCGUGACAGGCAGGUGUUGAUCCAGUCAGCACUGUACGCAGGGUGCUUUUUCCUGACAUGGAUUGGACCGGUGUUUCAUCACAUCUUUGUGGCGGCACCACCCUUUCCUGUCAUGUGCAUUGUGGCCAUGUUUGUGCCUCUGCAAGGGUUCUUCAAUGCAUUCAUCUAUGCCCGUCCAACAUAUCUUCGUAUUCGGAAGAAGUUCCCGCAUGUCACUUCUUGGGAUGCCUUCAAGCGCAUUUUCUUCGCUGCAGACCCCAUGGCCUCAAUUUGCUGCACAGAUAGCAGGGCCUCGGCAUGCCAAAAAGCCGUUACUGGUACCGGUACCGCUUGUUCCAAUCUCGUUUGUUCCAAUCUCGCGGCUGAGACACAUGACACCACCACCUAUCACGAUAAUGCCACCAGCCAGCACCAAGACGAAGAUGACGAUGACGACGAAUUCAACUUCGAUCCCAACGACCCUUUCUCGUGUCCGGAGGAAGAUGCCACCGGUUCUGACUCGGCUGCCAAUGGCAGUGCCGUUCUCGAAUGUGGCCUUGCGGACGACAGAGAUGCGGAUGGGGCUGCUGGCAUGGAAGAGGCAGAGCAGAAUUUGCCCGAGAGUCGCGCGAGAAGUGAGAGAAGGCUAAACGUUUUUAGCUCUUUUAGGAGGUGAAGUCGUCAUCACUACAUACAUAAAUUUGAAACAUUUAUUUUGACAACGCACC